AUGCCAAGUCGAGUGGUGAGUUCGAAAAUAAAAUAAAAAACGUCUAAUCCUUCUAACGAACUAAUUAUUUUGCAAUUUGUUGGACAACUGAUUGUACAUAGUAUUUUUAUUUUAUUUUUCUAUAGAGCAGAACAAUAAAAUAUGUAGAUUAUUUAGUUCGAAAAUGGGAAAAAAGAAGGUUGGUGAAUAAUUGAAUAUUGACAAGUUGCGAGGACCAUUCUUUACCCCAAAAUUUAUGUGGGAAACUAUUUUUGGAGAACUCAGGCGUACUUUAAACAAGAGGUCAAACCACAAACUUUUAGCUAUUUUUUAAAAGUUCGGUCUAGUUUUUCGGUCAAGAUGAGAUAUUGCAUUUUCCAGAGUUCCGGUUCGAAAAUAAUUAUUAGGUAGUAUUUGUUUCCCUGUAGUAAACUAAAGAUAUAAUUUGUGAUCUUUGAAAAUAUCAACUCAAUAUAUAUUCAUUGUGUAUAGUUUGCAGUCAUUCAAACAAUCUUAGUUUAGGCCAAUACAUAUAUUUUUGGUUGUUUAGGAUUGACAAUUUUCGAGUAGGUGUUUUUUUCGGUUCACAAGUGUUUGUUAGGCUUACAACUUUCCGAAAUGUGAUUCAGUUUUCACAAGAAUUCUAACUUUUCUGAUAAUUUUGGGUGCGCUGAUCACAAUGUCAAAAAAUUUAGCGGCGUCACAUUGUUAACCCACAAAAUCACCCGGAAUCAGAAAUGUUAAAUUUCAUUCAAAAAGUUGAUUAUACGCUGAAAAGUUUGAUUUAUUGAAUUAGGCUGUUAUUUAGACCAAAUUUAGACUUGAAACUUUUCAAAUUUUUCAUUUUCUUACAAAACCUUCAAUUUUUGUUUUUGUUGUGACAUUAACAUUUGCAUCACCUGAAAACUUUUUGUAUAAAAGUUGUGACGUCGUAAAGUUCACUGUCAUUUCAAAAAUUCUGUCAAAAAUAUCAAAUUUCAAAAUAGUCUGACUUUUUCCGAACACCUGCAAGUCAGAUAAAUAUCUCAUUUAAACUUUCUGAAAGUUUUCAGUUUUCUUGAAAACUUGUGGCGCUCUGAAAUUUUUAUUUCAAUUUUUAUUUUCAAAUAAGUGAAGUCCUUUGGGACCAAAAAAUAAUUCAAUGAGCAGACCAUUUUGCAAGUCAUAAAAGGAAAUAGAAAUUUUCAAUUUGGCAAAGAUCAUAUUUUGAAACAUUACGUUUUAUUUAUUUAUCGGACUGCAAAAAGCCAUUAUCUCACUCGUUUUUAAUUAGUUAUUACGAACAAAAAAUGAGCUAAAUACCGUAGUUUUUCACGGCAUUUCUUUUCUGUUGUCGAACAAAAAACAUAUAAUUAGAUAUAAUGCUUUUAGUUUCUGGGAAAUUUCAAAGUCUUCAUAUGUUUUUUUUUUGUUUGACAGAGAAAUGAAUUUCCGGUGAAGCUUUUUCAAUUACUUAUUUUUCUACUUCUUCAAAUUGAAUCAUAUCGUGAGCUGAAUUCCAAAAAUAAUAAUGAAAAUGAAAUGAGAAAAAAAAACAAUCUAUAUUUGUCUAUUUUUUCACCCCUUGAAAAUGAAAAAUAGGCCAAUCGCUCACACAAAUGAAUAUAAAUAUUGAAAAUGCUUCGAAUCAAGAAGAAUAGGUUUUUCCUUGUUCUUUUUGUUUUCCUUUUAUUGCCUUUUCUCAAAGUCUAACUAGCUGAAAACAACCUUUUCAGAUUUCAUUUUUUUCUCAAUAUUUUUAGUUUUUUUUCUUUCAGGACGAAGCUCUGGUGACAAUCAUGUCUUACAUCAAAAAUGUUGAGAAUCCGGAUCUCUUGGUGAGUUCUGCGGGAUUUUUGGGGUUUGGGUUUCCUAGAUAAAGAAUGUCCUUUUUAGAUGAAAUGACUUCCUGUAUUUGAAUUGAAUAGAAAAAUGUCUCCCGUGAAUAUUUGAUUUUUUCGUGACCUGAUUUUUGUCUAUUCAAUUCAUUUCUGAAAAAUUAUUUUGCUUCUCUGAAAAUCAGUGUUCUUUCUCUAUGUUUCUGUUUUUUUGAUAAUAGUAAAAUACCAUGAAAAAUAAGUAGUGUGAGAGAAAAUCUAUUUACAUUUUUCAAUAUAGAGCAAUUUUGCAUCUCAGUUUUUCCAUCAUUCCUAUUCAUCUCAUAUGCAUUUUCCUUGUCAUCAGAGUGUGUUUCCUGAUUCUGAUCAACUGUCAGGUUUCACAAUUUUGAACUCCGAUUAAACUUCGCGAACGGAUUUUCAAGAAACCCUAAUCUAAUUAAUUUUUUUCUUACAAAAAAAAAAUGGAAUUUGUCAUUUUGAAUUUUGUUAUUUUUACGCAGACAAUUCCAUUUCAGGGAUCAAUUCUAAUUUCAAUUUUUCAAUCCGGGGAUUUUCCAUUGUCUAGUCAUUUUUCAUCUCAUUUCAUCUCAUUUCCAUUUUCCAAAUCACACAUGUUUUGUGUUGUAGAGAUCUCUGUAUUUUCAGUUUCAGUAAUAGAAAAAUCUAUGUAGAAGUCCAUUUCGAAAAGCAUUCAUCCGAACAAAAUGAGAUAAUGAAAAAAUUAUGAGGCUCUAUUGGGAAAAUGAAUUAUCUCGCUCACUAUUUUUUGGAGAAGAAAAAGAAAAAAAAAUCUCUACAUCGCAUUGAAUAUUCACUUGACUUUCUCGAUUUUCAUCAGAAUUUUUAAUUUUUUUUCGGGAAAAAAACUAUUUUGAACUUUUUUUGGUGAAUUUCGAAUUGGGCCAAACGAUAUUGAAAAAAUGGUCCGGUUCAAUAAUUUUCUCAAUUAUCCAAGCCUCUUCGUUUUUUUAGUUUGUGAUUUGAUUACUAUUAAAAAGUGGCCACUCUGAUUCGAUUCAAAACAUCUUUAAGAUCUGCUUGUCUCGAAUUCACGGAUUUGAUACACAAACUCCGAACUUUUUUCGGGCAUGUUUUUCUCAAGAUUUUCUAGAUGGUAAAAGGAUGUCCUAAAAUCUUGUUUUCUGCAUAAAGAUACCGAAAAAAUCGAGUUAUAGAAAAAGAAGCCUUUAUUUUCAGCAGAUAUCUAGCUUCUUCUUCUUCUUGUUCAAAAUAACAGCAUAUUCUUAUCCAUCAUAACACAUUUUAUUAUUCAUUGCUGUCGUCUCCAAAAAUACAGACAUUUAUCUAGAGAAUUCCGCCAGGAUUAAUUUUUUCAAGAUAUAGAAAAGCAUUGAAAAUUCAUAUAUUUCCAUCUUCCUCUCAUUCUUCAAAUUGUGUUCGUAGAACAAAAUUUGAUAUUCAGUCUCAUCUGUUUUUUUUCGCUCCUUUUUUUCUUAUUUUGUUUUCACAUGUUUUUUUCUGAACAUAUUUCUGUUUUUCGAUGUUUUUUCGUGUAUUCAAGGAAAAGUCGUCACCUGAAAAAUCCCACCCUUUUUUUACUAAAUUGAAAAUUUUACAGUAAUUUUUCAAAUUUCAGGCUCUCAAAAAUAUUCUACGACAAGGUGAUAGUCAAAGAAUGAUUCAAGAAAUGCGACGGAAGUUGAUGCAUUUACAUCAGGUUAGUUCGGGGAGAUUACUGUAGAUGAACUAAUUGUAAGUGUUGACGCAGAAUUUUUGUUUUUUGAUUUUUUGGGAAGUAUUUUAGAGUUAAGAAGGGGUUACUGUAGUUCGAAAUUUAUAGUGAAAUUGAGUGGGAAACAUGCAAAUCAAAAAGGUUGAUCUUAAAAUUAUUCGCGCAAAUAUUUAUGAUUACUGUAGUUGAGUUUUUCGAAAGAAAAUUUGCACGUUAUUCGAGAAAUUUUGGAUUACUGUAGUUUCUCAAAUUAUUCAAGAUUUUGAAUUACUGUAAAGGAUUUUUUUGUGAAAAUUUUGCCACGGCCCUUUAAACUUUUUCGAUUUUUAAUUCGAUUUUGUUUCACAGUAACUUCAAUGAAAAGUCUAAAACUAAAAGUUUGUCGUUUUCAAAACCUUUGAUUUUUCCAACUCCAUAACUUGCACUGCAUUUUCCCUGCAAAAAAACAUUUCCUGUGAAAACUUUUGACAUUUUGAACAAGUCGUCAAACCUACUGAAAAUUUCAUAUGUUUUUCAGCAAAAAAUUGUUUUUUUUUCUUCUUCUUCGUUAUUUCUGAAAAUAAUAUGGUACUUGAGAAAAAAUGUUGUCAUAAUAUUUCUGUCUGAAAUAUUCUGUUUUUUCUUGUGAUCUCUUGAAACGCUGGAAUAUUAAAUGAAUUAUAGAAAACAAUGAAUAGAUAGAAUGCAAAAAAUAAGAAGGAAAUAGAAGAAUAUAAAGAAAAAUAAAAUAAUAGAAAAUGAAUCUGCAAAAUUUCAUGAAGUGACAACAAUUUUGCGAGAUGACACCUAAAUUUAAUUUUUUUUUUCAUGUAAAUUUUCAAUUUUUUCAAAUUGUUCCGGGUUCCUUUGUUGUGUUUUUCCUUUCUAUUUUUCUCCCACUCAACAAAAUUUUUUCGUUCGCUAAUCAUGAACCGGAAAUGACCUUGAACCAUGCUUCGCAUAAAAAUAUGUACACUUGUUUUUUUUUCGUGUUUUUGAACUUGAAUUGAGUUAUGUCUGGAUGUGGAGAACAUUUGUGUAUAUUCAGAAGUUUUUGAAUUUCUAUUCCAAAUCUCGAUUGUGAGAUUAAUACAUAAUUGGAAGUUAAGGGCUCGAGACCCUGAUUUCUGCUUUUGCCAAAAGUACAAUUCUAGCUCAAGAAAAUCAGGAAAAAUUUAUAUUUAAAAAAUUUGUCAUAGGAACGUAUCUUUUUUUAAAUUGCUAUUGAAACAUUUGAAAAACUUCAGAGCUUCAAAUUUUGAAUUCAGAUUUUUGACAUCAUUAUUUUUUCAAUGAAGGUUUAUGUGAUAAUGAGACAAAAUUAGGAACAAGGAAAUUUGUUACAUUUUUUCCUCGAAAAAUUAAUCUAAAUUUGGUACGAAACCCUACUCGAGAAAAAAAUCGGAAAAUUAAUUUUCCGAUUUUUUCCGAGUCAAGUUUUUUCUCGGAAGAAAAACUUCGGACAGAAAAAUUGAUUGUUCAUUGAACCGAGCAACAAAAAGUCUGAAAUAUUCCGCUAAUCUGUUUCCAGAAAUUUAUUUCCUCUUCAAAAAUUAUUUCCGUGUAUUCUUUUUUUUAAGAUUAGAAUCCCGAUUUCCUUUGUUUUUUCUGAAAUUCUCGAAUCUCAAAGCUCAAUCAUUAAUUUGUUGUUAUUUUUCAACAAAUGUGAAUUUGAAAUUCAUAAUCAAGUGCAUUUCCGGUAAAUUUUUGAAAUAAAUAUUUUUCACUAAUUAGUCACGUUCUUAUUUUGUUUUCGAGUUAGUUAAAAUCGAAAAAAAUGUUUAUUUAUUUUAGAACCUCCGAAAAUCUUUUGUUUUUGUAUUAUUUUCUUGAAAAAGUAAACUUUUUCCAGUGAAGAAUUCUUUCAAAAAAAAAAAAAAGGAAAACGCGUGGGUUUUGACAAAACAUUAAUCAAAUUUUGUGCCAUAAAAAUACAUUAGUCGUUGAUAUAUUUAUAUUUAAUGUGUUCUUUUAGAUUAAUGAGAACACUCCACCUUUUUUAGAGCUCUCAGAAAUUCCAAGUUUGUUUUGGUUUGUCGUCUUUUUCUUGUUGAAAGACGACAGACAAUACCUAAUAUUUAAGUUGUUGUUUUUUUCCAGCAAAAUAUCAAUUUUUAGCUCAAUGCUUAUGAGUUUUUCCACUUUUCUUAUUUUUCUUCCAUUCUUAUUCUUCUUCUAAAACGAUUAUUAUUAUUAUUAUAUAUUAUUUUCAUGUAAAACAAAUAGCCAAUUGAUUUUAUGGGAUUUUUUAGAGAAGAAAAUAUAGGUGUCAGUCAGUUCAGUCAGUUGAGAAAAGAUCUCACGAUUUUUCAGUAGACAAUAGAAAUGGAAGUGCGUGUGAAGUUUGGAGGCUGUUUUCUAAGAUUUAUUAUUAUAGGUUACGUUAAGGCUUCUGUCUUUUGAGGCUUGAGUUGGUUGGAAUUUUUCAGUUUGAUAAUUUUUCCACAAUUUUUUUGACAAAUAGCGUUAUUAUUCUUUUUAAACAUGAAGUGUUUAAAUUUUGUCAUAAAAAGUGUGAAAAGUAGUUCUGACGUGGAAAACCUUUUAUUUCAAUUUUCUUUCUUCCAACGUUGUAAAAUGUUCUAGGCAGAACUCCAACACGUCUUUCAAAAUGAAAAAAAAACUUUACCCUCCUUGUUAGUCAAUUUCUAUGAAUCAAAAACCGAAAUAAUAUUAGGGCUUCAAAACAAGUCUGAAAUGUUCCUAUUCGUUUAGUUAAAUUCUGAAAACAAAUUCAACUUUCCAGACUAAUUUGAAUUCAGAAACAUGUUUUUUUUUUGUGAGAAAUUGGUUUUCAAAGAUUUUGCAAUUUUUUGAGUUCCGACAAAAAUUCGUAAUAAUUUUUCUCCUUGAUUCCCAUGGAAAAGCCAUUAAAAUUUUCUCAUAAUUUAUGAAAAAAUAUUGAAACUUUCCAUGAUAUCAUAUUCUAAUAAACACUUAUUUCCGCCAUCCAAUUUUCUCUCAUUUUUUCCACCAAUUCUUGCGAAAAAAGGUGCUAGUCAAUUAAAUAAACCGAAGAGUAAGUAGCUGCUCUUCUCAUCCUUUUUUCUUCCUUCCCAUUUGAGCUCAUUACUUUUUGUUCUUUUUUCUCGCAUUUUUCCUUCCGGUUUUUUUAUUUCGAAGUGCCAUCGAAAAAUAUAUAUUCAGUUAGUGUCAGUAUAGUGAACCAGAAACCUAUUCCAAGAAAUUCGAGCUUUUGUUUUUUGUUUCGGAAAAACUGUAGUGCAACAUUUUUAUGGGCUUGGUGUGAAAAUAGGUCCGCCCACCGUUUUUUCAUUGGGAGAGGAAAAUAUUUUUGAAUGAGCCAACUUCCGCUGAGUCGAGAAGGUCAGAAAAUUAUUCAAGAGUUCAGAUUUGUGAAUAUUUUGGAGAACCCUAGUUGAUAAAAGUCAAAAAGAUCAGGACAUUUAAUUUUGAAAUUUUGUCAAAAACAUGUUGGAAAUCGACUCAGAGUGCCAGGUCUCAUUAAUCGGUAUGACAUUUAAAAACUUCAGACAAUUUUAUUUCUAAAAAUUCCAAGAAAUGCUCAUUGAAACGCUCUUUCCAGUCAGCCACUCCCACCCAAAAAAUUCCACUUGUCAUUCAGCCCACAAAAAAGACCCAAAAUAUUAAUGCAAUUUCUUUCGUAAGGUGUCACAAAACUUUUUUCUCUUCCUUAUUUCUGUUCCGGAUUAUUGUUGGAUUAAAACACAAUACACCAUAGAUGUGUGUUUUCUGUUUUCAAUUUUUGACAAGUCGUUCAGUCAGUUGGGAAAAGUUUCAAAUUUCUUUGACUUUCAAAAAAAAAAGUUGUUUUUCUUUUUGUUUUUCGUUUUGCUUUUUCUACAUUCACGUCAGAUCUUUCUUAAGUGCACCUUUAUCUCAAAAAAGCAAAAGCUCUUUUGUUUUUCCCCGUUUCGCCUUUAAUCUGAAUCUAAUUUUCAAAUUAUACAUGUAGAUGAGGAUAAUUAGAUCUAGCGAAUGUUUUUUUUUUCUGAAAAAAAAACCCCAACAAUAAAAAAAAUAAAUUUUCAGAUGACAAAUGAGACUGAAACAUGUACACGGUAUAUCGAUGCACAUCCAGAUUUGACAAAUCAUCCAGGAGUUUUGGUGCCAUUCUCAUUAUUGUAUUUGCAUAUUUUCUUGCUUGGUAUUUUGGGAAAUUCAGCGGUUUUGUAAGUUUUCUGUAAAAUGUUAUAUGAAAAUUAUUUUAAUUUUUUUCAAACUUUAGAUAUCUGACAAUGAAACAUCGACAACUUCAAACUGUUCAAAAUAUAUUUAUUCUGAAUUUAUGUGCUUCAAAUGUUUUGAUGUGUUUGACUUCUCUACCAGUUACUUUCAUCACAAAUGUCUAUAAACAAUGGUUUUUUUCUUCACCGGUUUGCAAAUUGAUUCCACUCGUUCAAGGAGCAUCGGUUUUUGUGUCGACUUUUUCGCUUUCGGCGAUCGCGUUGGAUAGGUGAGAAAUGAAAAAUUGGCUGAAUUCUUUAGAAGGGGUAAAUGAAACCUAGAGACUUUUUUGAGUUUGACCUCUCCAAAUAUCUAUAGGGAGUAACAGAUUCAAUGAUAAAUUUUGAUUUUUUGGUCCAAAAUGCUACAAAUCGUUGAAUAUUCCAUGAAAAGCUUAACUCAUAAUUGACUUCAUAUUGUAAAUUUUUGAUCGUCUAAUCUAUGCUCUUUUUUCUGAAAAUGUCAAAACUUAUUAACUGACGAGUUGUUUAUUUUUAAUUAAUUUUCAAAAUAAUGAGAAUGGAAUUUCAGAAAAUUAAUCCUCUAUUAUCUUCUUUUCUCAUCAUUUUUUUUCCAGAUAUAAUUUGGUUGUUCGACCUCAUAAACAUACCCUAAGUUCACGUAGCGCAAUGAUGAUUGCAUUAUUAAUUUGGGUGAUAUCAGUUGUUGUUUGUAUGCCUUAUGGUUGGUAUAUGGAUGUUGAGAAAAUAUCUGGAUUAUGUGGAGAAUAUUGUUCAGAACAUUGGCCAUUGGCUGAAGUUCGAAAAGGUUAUUCAUUUUUGGUUCUCAUCACACAAUUUCUAUUUCCUUUUGCAACAAUGGCAUUUUGUUAUUAUAAUAUAUUUGCGCGACUUCGACAAAGAGCUGAAAAUAAACUGAAGAAAUUGUCGGAGCGAAGCCAAUUAUUGGAAAGUACUUCAUGUGGAAAUGGAAGUCGAAUAAUUGCAAUGAAUCCAGAAACAAGUUCAAUAAAUAGUGGAGGACAAGAAAGUCGACAAAGAUUAGCAGUUUUGGCAUCACAAAGAAGAACAACAACUAUCUUGGCAUCAAUGGUUUUGUUAUUUGGUUUCACUUGGUUGCCACAAAAUGCUUAUUCGCUUAUUAUUGAAUAUAAUGAAUUGUACUUCAGCUCUUCUGAUUAUGGUGAUCAUACUUAUGUUGUUUCGAUGACUGCUCAUUUGUAAGUUGAACAUUUUUACUGAAUUUCUCAUAUUUCUCAAAAAUUUGGCUCGUUUUUGAAAAUAAUUAAAAUUAACUUUCAAGUUGAAAAUGUUUUCAAGUAAAUGAUUUAAAAAAGAAAAAAAUAAUAGCAAAAAUCCCUACGGUUAAGAUUUAUUUUUGAAGUCUUUGUCCAUUUUGUUUUGAAAAAAUUACUGACUCCUAAUUUUUCCAGAAUUUCAAUGCUCACCAAUGUCACCAAUCCAUUUCUCUAUGCCUGGCUCAACCCAAUGUUCCGUGAAAUUCUCAUCAAAACUCUCAAAAUCGGAGGCGACAAAUCGGCAAAACCAGAAACCAAACAACCAAAUACUUCUUUCAUUAGAGUAAGCUUAUUUCAUAUUUUAAUUGAAAUAAAAAAAAACAAUUUUCAGAUGCCAAAUCCUCCUGAAGCUGAAGCAUCGUAUUUAUGA